CUCCGACCGCAAAUGAGUGAAACACUGGAAAAUUUUUGUGGUUGCUGCCUCUCUUUUCUGUUUCACUUUUUGGUUCUCAAUCCCCACAAAAGGGUUUGUUAACCAUGGAAUGCUUGAAUGGAAGCUCUUUGAGGAACUUGGGGUGGGAGCAUAGUCCUAUUCUCAAUUGGAAUGCUCAUGCUGAUAGAUUGCAUUUGGAGACAAGAAAAUUAGGGUUUUUAUCAUGUGCUUCAGCCAGCUUUCCAUGGAGUGGUAAAAUUAGGGUUUCAAUGUAUCCGAUCAACCGGUUUUUUGGAAAGCAGUCAUCUUGGAGAGUCUUUGCUGCACAUGUUGGCUUGGAUGGGGAUCCUUCCUCAUUGUCACAUGAAGAUCAAUUAAGUAAUAUUGAUGAGCAUGCACAAAGGGAUGAUGAUGAUGCAUCUAAUGGUGUCCUCCCAAAAAAAUUGGGGCCCGAUGAGUUGAAGUUGCUGCUUGUUGACUCUGAAAGAGCUAAACUCAUAAGGAAGCUCAGUGAAGCUAACCAAUAUAACAGAUUUCUCAAACGUCAGUUGCAAAUCAAUGACACUGCUCUGGUGGACAUCAAAGAUAAACUUGCUUCUUUAGAAUCUGAGCUUCAGGUUUUGGUUGCUCUCGCGGAAGAGAUUGCUGAUUCUGGUGUUCAACCUGGUACUAGAAAGAUUAGUGGAAAAUACAUUCACUCUCAUCUUGUCUCCAGACUAGAAGCUAUGCAUGAAAAAAUAAAGAAUGGAUUGACUGCCGUAGACUCUGUAAAAGUUGAGGAAAUUUUCUUGUAUUGGAUUGGCAUGGCUGAGAGUGUGCAAGUGAUGGGUUCCUUUGAUGGGUGGUCUCGCGGAGAGGAAAUGUCACCCGAAUACAAUGGCGCCUAUGCUCUAUUUUCUACUACUCUGAAACUUAGACCCGGACGGUAUGAGAUAAAGUUCUUGGUUGAUGGAGAGUGGAAGUUAUCACCUGAGUUACCUACCGUUGGUGAGGGCUUACUCAAGAACAACCUUUUAAUUGUAUGAUAAUAUCAUGGCUUUAUCAAGCAAAGGGCUUUUUAUAGCUAAUGCUUGCAAACUCAAGUUCUAUAUAUAUCUCUCUUAAAUUUUAUGAGAUGCUGAGGUUUAUAUAUAUGCAUAGAUUGUUUCUCUA